UCAUGCCAUCGCCACCACCUUCUCUUCCUUCUCUCUCUACCUCCCUCUGUAGCAGAAGAUGCUGCUAUCUCUCUCUAUAUAGGACUGCGUAUAUGCGCACACAUACAGAGACAUGUUCGUAUGGGCAUGCGAGUUCUUGCAUCUGUUUUGUCUCUGUCGAUUGAUUUUUGGUAAAUGAAAAGGAAAAGCUUGCAAUUUUGGUGGAAUAGAUGUUGUAAGACCAGACUGGAAGAAAGAGGGGGAAAGAUAGAUAAUCUGAGAGCCAUUCAUUUUAUGCAACCGAUUUUCCCCUCUUUGGCUCCUUAUUUGGAUCAUAGCGAGCUUCCGGCAUCUGGGUUUUGAUCUGAUUGCUUUGGAUUUGUCUUAUUUACAGGUAAGGUGAUUGGUUUUGAAUGAUCGAUGAAGUGAACUGCUGUGUCUGAAUUUGAAUCCGAGGAUAUAGGAGCACCGUUGUGUUUCCUGUCUUGUGUUUUUUUUUUGCCAGAAGGGGGGAAAUGCAGUCAGAUAGCGGCAAGCUAUUCAUAGGUGGAAUAUCAUGGGACACCAACGAGGAGUGUCUCAAGGAGUAUUUUGCUAAUUUCGGGGAGGUGGUGGAAGCUCUGAUCAUGAAGGAUCGCAGCACUGGCCGUGCUCGUGGUUUCGGGUUCGUGGUCUUUUCGGAUCCCUCUGUCGCGGAGAGAGUCAUCAAGGAGAAACACAGUAUCAAUGGAAGGACGGUUGAGGCGAAGAAGGCAGUCCCUAGAGAUGAUCAGAACAUUAUCAACAGAAGUGCUAAUAGCAGCAACACCCCCCAGGGUUCUCCCGGUGGAGGCCGAACGAGGAAGAUUUUUGUAGGAGGCCUAGCUUCAUCAGUCACAGAGACUGAUUUCAGAAAGUACUUUGAGCAAUUCGGGACAAUGACUGAUGUUGUUGUGAUGUAUGACCAUAACACCCAACGGCCUCGAGGUUUCGGGUUCAUCACGUACGAUUCUGAGGAGGCUGUGGACAAAGCAUUGGUCAAGACGUUCCAUGAACUCAACGGUAAAAUGGUCGAAGUCAAGCGUGCUGUCCCAAAGGAGUUAUCUCCCAGUCCUAGCCGUAGCCCACUUGGUGGCUAUAAUUCUGGUAUGAGUAGGGUCAAUAGUUUGCUAAAUGGGUAUAGACCCGGAGUGAUUGGAGGUUAUGGAGUUCGGAUGGAUGGUAGAUUCAACCCGGUUGCCAGUUCUAGAAAUGGGUUUGCCAUGUUUGGCUCUGGUUAUGGAAUGGGUAUCAAUUUUGAACCGCGUCCAGAUCUGGCUGCCACUGCUUAUGGAGGUUCUGCAAAUUUCACAAACGAUGUCGGAUAUGGCCAUCGUACAAUGGCUCCAUAUUAUGUCGGUACCACAAAUAGGAUAGGUUCCUCUGUUGGUUAUGAAGGAAGCAAUGGAGGAAACGCAUCGUUCUUCAGCUCGGUGACCAGAAACCUUUGGGGAAAUGGAGGAGAACUCGGUUAUAACAACAUAAACAGCAGUAGUUCCGGGCAAUUCACGGGAUUGGGGAACGGGAAUGAAUCUCUUGGACCCGUUCACAACAAUGGCGGAGGACUCAACUGGGGCGGAGCUUCGGCACUAUCAUCAGUUCAAGGCAGUGGAAAUGAUUCACAUAACAACACCAUGAACUUCGGGUAUGGAGGUGGUGAUAACGGUUUUCCAUACUCGAGAAACAAUGGAAGUGGCGUUACCUUCUCCACGACAAAUGGUGGAGGAAUGGGAGGAUAUGAUGAAGCAGCAGCAGCCAUGACCGGCUUCUACAGCAGCGGUUCAAACAACUAUGGUGAACCCAACUGGAGUCGACCAUCACCUGUACCAGAAAAGGAAACAGAUGACAGAUCCUUUGGCUAUGGUCUGAGCGGCGCCAAUGCCGAGAGCUCGCAAGAUUAUGUCGGUGGUAUUACCGUCAACAGAAGACAAGCAAACAGAGGGAUUGUAGCAUAGAGAGAGAGAGCUAGUUCUCCUUUUUCUUUUUUUCUUUUUUUGCAGAAAGAAGGAUAUAGUUAAUGCAGAGGAAGAAAGUAUCAACUAUCAAGAUUUCCUUACGAAUUUCGAACGAACACUAUUGAGUUUCCUCAUAUAUAUAUAUACAUAUAUACAUAUAUAUGUGUGUAUGUAUGGUUUUAUAGGACAGUUUGAGUGAGAUGUAAAAUUCGGAUUUUCGGAUAAGAGGAGAGACUGAAGCAGACAAAACUUGUUUUAGCCGAAAGAUUUUUGUUGUUUGAUGUUUUGAGUGUUUCUGUGUGUGUUUGUGUUUUGGGGUUACAAAACUGUGAAGAAAGAAACUGAGGUAACAUUUUUGCUA